CUUCUCGUGUGUAGAGCGCGCCUCCAUAUGACUCAAGAAGUUAAAUUAUUGCUUUAUGUGCCCAAAAAUUGCGUGAUUGGCAUUGUUGGCUUGACAUGACGGAACUGACUAGGUCAGAAGAAUGAUGCUUACAAAGCCAGAACAGCCUCAAGUGUUGGUGCCGUGUGAUUCAAUCUCAUCUCGUACCUUCUCUCAUAUGUGUGGUGCAAUACAAUACUGGAUCUACUACCUACACUGAUUGCCAGCCAAAUCAAUCUCACAUGCUUGUUUGGGCGAACCUCCGUACUGUCGGCAAUACCCGCUCCACGAUUAGCAAUAGUUUGUCAGUCUUUGCAAACUGGUAUAAAAGCCAAAGGCUCAGCACAGCACUCGACAACGGUCUUCCCCCUCCUGCUCUUGUUGCGUGUCUUGAGGUCGUAAAUUUCACAGCCCUAUACCCAAUCGUAAUGACGGUCCCUAUCGAACAAUCAGUGGCUACCCCGCCGAGGCCAGCCUCCCCUGUUUAUGGCUUCGGUACGCUUGCCGUGCACGCAGGCGCCCCUCAUGACCCUGUCACAGGCGCUGUGAUCGAGCCAAUCUCGCUCUCAACCACAUAUGCACAGCGCGAGGUGGGCAAGCCAGUCGGCCUCUACGAGUACUCGCGCAGUUCGAACCCAAACCGCGACAACUUCGAGCAAGCGGUCGCCGCUCUCGAGCACGCCAAGCAUGCUCUCGCCUUCGCCAGUGGAAGCGCUGCCACAGCCACCAUCCUCCAGAGCUUAGCCUCUGGCUCUCACGUUAUCAGCGUCAGCGAUGUAUACGGCGGUACGCAUCGGUAUUUCACACAGGUCGCCAAGGCCCACGGCGUCAAGGUCACCUUUACACCACAGAUCGAGGUCGACAUCGCCGAUCACAUAACAGACAACACGAAGCUCGUAUGGAUCGAGACCCCCAGCAACCCGACGUUGCGCCUGGUUGAUAUUCGGGCAGUUGUUACGGCAGCGCACGCGCGUGGCGUCCUUGUAGUGGUGGACAACACAUUCCUGAGCCCCUACGUACAAAACCCUCUGGAUCAUGGAGCCGACAUCGUUGUGCACAGUGUUACCAAGUACAUCAACGGCCACAGCGAUGUCGUCAUGGGCGUAGCUGCUUGUAACUCAGAUGACCUGAAGAACCGGUUGGCAUUCUUGCAAAAUGCUGGCGGAGCUGUCCCCUCGGCAUUUGAUUCGUGGUUGGCACAUAGAGGUGUCAAGACAUUGCACCUGCGCGUACGUCAAUCGAGCACCAAUGCCCUGGCCGUCGCAAAGGCACUCGAGGCCAGCCCGCACGUCAUCGCGGUGAACUACCCGGGCUUGGACUCUCACCCUCACAGAGCAAUUGCGCUGAAGCAGCACCGCGACGGCCUUGGGGGUGGUAUGCUUUCAUUCAGAAUCAAGGGUGGCAGAGCUGCCGCAGAGAACUUCUGCAAGCUCACUAAGAUCUACACAUUAGCCGAGAGUCUGGGCGGCAUCGAGAGUCUCGUCGAACUGCCAAGUGCCAUGACCCACGCUGGUAUCCCUAAAGACCAGCGAGAGGCCGUGGGCGUCUUCGACGAUCUCGUCCGUAUUAGCAGCGGCAUUGAGGAGCCGGAAGAUCUGGUACGAGAUGUGCAGCAAGCGCUGGUAAAAGCGGUCUUGGGAGACGAGAUUUCGAAUAGCAAUGGGCAUGCCAAUGGUGUUAACGGAAAAUAGAUUACAGUUGUUUGAGACAGGCUGAAAAGUGGUAUUAUUUUGUCGGCGCAAAUUAUUCGCAUUCAUCAAUUGCUUGCUCUUGAGAUAUGUCAAGGUGGUUAAAAGCUUUCGUAGCCUUGCAAGCUCAUGUUCUCUGUUCUUAUAGCAGCCUGCCCUCGAACCGCAUACCAGAUAAUUCUGUUUGUGAUGUGAAUACAUCCUCCACGACAUCAACAUGGCAGUUUUUCAUAUCUAAUUGCCCAAGCUACUUGACCUGGGCCACGCACUUAUCGAUCAAAUACAGUCACCAGCGAAUGCUGUUAAGAAAUAGGCUUGCC